AUGUCCGACGUCCAAGAACGCCUCAAGAAGCUCGGCCUCGGAGCCCGAACUGGUGAGAGCAACAAGCUGAUCUAUAAUACAGGUGGAAAGGGUACCCCCCGACGAAAGGUCAAGCGCGCACCUGCCCGCUCCGGUGCCGACGACAAGAAGCUUCAGCUCGCCCUCAAGAAGCUGAACACCCAGCCCAUCCAGGCCAUUGAGGAGGUCAACAUGUUCAAGCAGGACGGAAACGUCAUCCACUUUGCUGCUCCCAAGGUCCACGCCGCCGUCCCCUCCAACACCUUCGCCAUCUAUGGAAACGGCGAGGACAAGGAGCUCACUGAGCUUGUCCCUGGCAUCCUUAACCAGCUCGGCCCUGACUCCCUUGCUUCUCUCCGCAAGCUCGCUGAGAGCUACCAGAACCUCCAGAAGGAGAAGGGUGAGGACGACGACGAGAUCCCCGACCUUGUCGAGGGUGAGAACUUUGAGGGCGAGCCCAAGGUCGAGUAAAUUUCCUCCACAAAAAACUCGAGGGCGAUGGGCAGUGAGAUCGUAGGCAUGUCCGGCCAAGAGGCUGGCUAGUUUCUCCUGCGAGGCGGGUUUUAUGUUUUCCCCCUUAUGGGUGGAUAGUCGUGACAAUCACUCCCCGGCUCUCUAUUUCGAGUAGCUGAGGAGUAGGUACGGGUAUGCAAAAGGUCACAGCUUGGGAACGGUCGCGGUGGAAUGGCGAUUUAUGCUGGCUGAGGUUGAUUGAUCUGUACAAACAAACAAAAAAUACGACUUACAUCGGGAGAAAUACCAAUCUCUAAUGAUGUCAAUGAUUGCUACGCUUUUCUAGUUGG